AUAAAAAAAGAAUUCCCUUUUCGAUAGCUUCGUAGUUUUUGUCCUUAAAAAAGCGAAAAGAGGGGGAGAGUAUCCAGUCUCCCGCGGUCCGCUCACCGCCGCCGGCAUCCGCCGAAGAUGCUCGAGAGCAGCAAUCCUCCCGAUGCCGCCGCCGCAGUCAAGCGAUACGCUCCUCCCUCUCAGCGGAAUCGUUCUCUCAAUCGCCGGAAAUCCUCAGAAAAAUUUGAGAAAGUAAACUACCCACAUGGAAUUGAAGGUGAGAAGGGUCAAGGAUCAUACUCCAGGAAUUUUCCUGCAAUUGAUCACGGGGAGGCUGGAAUUAACAAUAUUCAAAAGGAAACUGCUCGUCCUAGAUUGAUACCUCUCAAUGGAUGCAGUAGCAGUGAGGCAUCGCAACUGUUAAAUGAACGUUGGGCUGCUGUUUUGAACUCUCAUAACGAUCCAUCAGUAGACCUAUCAGAGAGACCCCUUAUGUAUUCUGGAGCUAGUGGUUCAUCAUGGGGACACUUGAAACUUCCUCAUCAGGUUACACAGAUGGAUUUUCUUGGGGAACUGAGACGUGCAGUGCAGAAUGGCCCGAUGAGUGCAGUGCCACCUUCUGGUGAACAAAACUGAUUUGUUAAAGUAUAUGACUGCGGAGAGAAUUCCAUAAGUUAGUUUGGAGUUUUAAUGUUUCUCCCUGUAACAAAUUGUAUUUUGUGUACUCAAUUGCUUGCUUUCAAUCUAAGGCUACCGCUACUGACAUGUGCUUUAUACCUA